UGAAAUUUCCUCGCAGUUUUACCGACGUCGUCGACACCGACCGAGCAGAAGGAGAGGAAUCAUGCCUCGAUCGAAACCAACUCGCUUCUGGAAGCAUGUCCGCCUCACAUUGUUGAAUUCCUCCUCCAGCGAUCGAUCUAGGGCGAUAGCCGUGUCCGACCCGACGACGACGGUGAGUGACGACGAAGAGUACCUGACCCUCAACCUCGCCGACUCCCUCACCACCUUCGUCUCCACGCCCUCGAUGACCGACUGCGAGACCGACUCGUCGUCCUCGACCCCGUCGCGGAACUCGGCGCCCCCUUCGAGAUCCUCCUCGAUCAAGGACUACUCCCUCGGGGGGUGCGGCCUCGGGAAGGUCGGUAAGGACAAUCUCCGUCGGAGGGUCAUGAUUCCGGACCGCCUGGCGGUGGCGAUCGUGGAGGCUGUCAGGUCGAGGAACAUUGCGGCGGGAUUGGUGGCGGAGGCCGCGGCGAGGGAGGUCGGGUGGGAGGAUGAGGACCCGCCGGAGUCGCCCUUGGUGGUUUUUAUUAACUCGCGCAGCGGGGGACGACUUGGCUCCGUCCUCAAAGGACGGCUUGAGAACCUGAUCGGCGCGGAUCAGGUAUUUGAUCUUUCAGUUACAAAGCCUUCUGAUUUUGUUCAGUUUGGUUUGGCAUGCUUGGAGAGGAUGGCUGAUCUAGGUGAUGAUUGUGCAAAGGCUACUCGUGAAAAUAUGAGAGUCAUGGUUGCAGGUGGCGAUGGUACAAUAGGUUGGGUAUUAGGAAGCCUUGGACAACUUUAUGAAGAGAGCAGAGAGCCAAUUCUUCCAAUUGGGAUCAUUCCACUUGGAACAGGAAAUGACCUGUCCAGGAGCUUUGGUUGGGGAGGUUCAUUUCCUUUGACAUGGAGGUCGGCUGUGAAAAGGUCAUUAUACAAGGCAAUUACUGGUCCUAUUUGUCGUCUUGAUAGCUGGCACAUUGUUGUCUCGGUUCCAGUUGGAGACUUAAUAAAGUUGCCACACUCUCUUAGACAUCUGGGUGAAAGUACAUUUACACCGGAUGGGUACAUCGAAGGUCUCAUACCUGAAACCAUGACUUGCUUUGACGGAGCCUUCUACAAUUAUUUUAGCAUAGGAAUGGAUGCUCAAGUUGCAUACGAUUUCCAUCAACUACGUGAUGAAAAACCAUAUCUUGCACAAGGACCAUUAACAAAUAAGCUGAUUUAUACUGGUUAUACUUGCAAACAAGGAUGGUUUUUUACUCCUUGCAUUAGCGAUCCAAGUCUAAGGGGACUCAAGCACAUUCUUCGCUUAUCAGUUAAAAGGAUUAAUUGCUUAGAAUGGGAACAAAUUCCUGUUCCAUCAAGUGUCCGGGCAAUUGUGAUGCUAAAUCUUCACAAUUACGCAAGUGGGAGGAAUCCUUGGGGUAAUCUGAAACCAGAAUAUCUUGAAAAGAGAGGCUUUGUUGAAGCCCAAAUGGACGAUGGCCUGCUUGAGAUCUUUGGCUUCAAGCAAGGGUGGCAUGCUUCACUUGUUAUGGUUGAAAUUAUAUCUGCAAAACACAUUGCACAGGCUUCAGCUAUUCGUCUCGAGAUCAGAGGUGGGGAGUGGAGAAAUGCAUACAUGCAAAUGGAUGGGGAACCAUGGAAGCAGUCAAUGAACACCGAGUAUUCGUCAUUUGUGGAGAUAAAAAGAGUACCUUAUCAUUCACUUAUUAUAAACGGAGAGUGAAAAUUUUGUGCACUGGGUCAGGGAUUGGCUUUUGAAAGUGGGUCCCGCACCCUAGGUGGCAGGCAACUACUAAAGUGGUGGAGCCGUGGGUUUGGUGAAGUUCAGCCAUCAUAAUGAUGAGGUACGUAGUAAAAAAACUACCGGAAAUCUUAUUUGAUCACAUAUAUAUUUUUUCAAAUUCGAACACGAAUUGGAAUCCUUUGCCAUUUGACACGUGUAGUCUGGUUGCCAACAAUCAUGAAAUAGCAUUUAAUUGCUCACUUGCAAAUUUGACAAGGCAAAACAACUCAUCAAUUAAUUUAAUUAAUAUUUUUAGGGAGCAAUUAAG